AUGAUUUCUUUUUAUUCCAAUCAUUUUUGAUCAUCACCUCAGCUCCAUUAGAUUAUUAAAACAUGUCAUUCUCACGCUCAUCCACAUCUGCCUCGUCUGCAACCGCUAGAUUACCAGGAUUCCUUCGACCAGAGAAUGCAUCAAGCCGCGUAGAGGCUCAUAACAAAUUAUUUAGCCAACUUAAUCAGUUGGAAGCUUCACGCUUACAAGCGGGCCGUGUCCAGAAUUCUCCCUUCACUACAGCUCAUGCUCUCCUCCCUUCCACUCGAGACUUGAAUCGAUAUGCUGAUAUUCUCCCUUACAAGCAUACACAGGUCGUUGUAGGUACAUCUACUGUAUCUACCGAUGUCACUACUGCUGCUACCUCACAGCAGCCUACGCAGACAUACAUUAAUGCCAAUCGCAUUUCAGCACCAUUGACUUUACAAUCCAGUCUGCCCAAGGAUUUCCCUGGAUAUAUUGCAACACAGGCGCCUUUACCUCAUACACAAGCUCGUUUUUGGAGAAUGGUCUAUGAGCAAAACGUGCAUGUUAUUGUCUGUCUGACUGCAGUGUCUCCCGUCAGGGUAAUGCGGUCUAUGAAAGCAGAACAGUAUUGGCCACAGCCGGGAUGGACGGAUCCAUUCUUUUUAGACCUUCAUGUAAAAAAUUUGGAUGCUACAGAUCAACAGGACGUAGUAGUCUAUCGUCACUUUGAAGUAUGGAAUCCUCAGCUUGACCCAGCAACCGCUCCAAAGCGUCAAGUCUUGCUGGUUCACUACCAAGGAUGGCCUGACCAUGGAGUGCCUGAAGAUACAAAAGAUUUGAGGGAUAUCUUGUACAGCAUCCGAGCAUGGAAAGCAGAGCAACAGUCACUAGAUCCAAGCAAGAAGAAAGACUUUGGCCCCAUAGUCGUGAAUUGUAGUGCAGGUUGUGGUCGAACAGGCACGUUCUGUGUUGUCGACACUGCUUUGUCAGUAUUAGAAUAUAUCGGGUAUCCAUACUUGAGGGCUUUGUCCAGCAACUCUAACAUGAAUACAACAGUAAAAGGUAUUGACCAGGCGCAGUCACUGGAGCUUCAGGAACAGAAGGCAUUAAACGGGGUGUAUGACUGGCAUAGUGAUAGAGAUAUCAUUUAUGAGAUACUUAGUUCAUUUAGACAGGAUCGUAUGCUGAUGGUCCAGACUGCUACACAGUACAGCUUCUGCUAUCAGGUCAUAAGGGAUUUAUGUCAAUAGCGUUGUCAUCAUGUAAAAUGCCCUGAAAGAAUAUAAAAAACUUAUUUCACC